UCUUGGCUCUGGGUGGGCGGGCCUUAGCGCUAUCACAGGGAGAAGAGAACCUGGCUACAGAAGUAAAGCGGAAAGAAAAUGGCGGCCGUGGCUGCGGAGCCAGGAGCUGCUGCUGCAGCAACAACAACCGCGGGGGACGUGGGAGAUCUUGACCCGGUGCCACCCGUGCCGGGGACAGACAUGGUAUCCGACGAAACGCAGGAGUAUGUGCCAGUCUUGGACCUAGUUCACCAACUCAAGGAUGGAGAUGCAGUUCAGGAAUGCGGCCAGGUCCAAAUGGAGCUAGUGAGCAGGCCAGACCGAGAAGCAGCGGGAAAAGCGCUUGUAGCUCAUGCUGAGGAUGAACACAUCGAAGCAGGAUGUCUCCGGGUCGGCGGGGAAGAGACUACCGAACACGACGCCCUCGAGGUCUACGAGACGGGGUACACAUUAGCCAUAGGCGAACGUUUAAUAGACCGAUAUUCGCCCGUGGUUGAAGCCGCAAACGAGGUCAGUAACAAGCACGAGCCCUACGCCUGCCACCAGACUAACGUUGGCUCCAUCUCAGACUCGCAACCUUCCGUUGUCUUUUUGCAUUCGUUCCCUGCGCAUCCUCUCGCGACGGAGGUUGGGCUCUCCCUUGCAGAACCGGCAGAACCCACAAUCGAUUACUACCAGAACCCAGAACUAGGCCAACACGAUUUGGAUUGUGACUAUAGAGCUUUAAUAAAGCCGACUCUGGACAGGGAGAUGGAGCCCGAGUCCGGUAAUGACGUUCAUCUCGGUUCCGAAUACAAGGAUGCGCCCUCUGAGGAUGCUCUGCUCGAGCGCCCUCAGCCAAUGAACGACGCUCUAGAACCGGAACCGGUUUCGGAGAGCGAGGCGUCUCUCGGAACAUCCAUGGAAAUGAGUUACAUUUGUGACUUUUCAAGCGUUGAGCCGCAGAACUCCGGCGAGCCGGCCGAGCCAACGAACUUCCUGCAGGAAAGACAGGCUGAGUCAAAACCAACCGUGCUGUGUCAUGUCGAGACCGUGGAUAUUCCGCCCGGGUCGGUGGACCAGCUUACACCAGGAUCCGAGGUUCGCGUCUGUCUGGACCACAUCAUCGAUGACGCGUUAGUGGUGUCCUUCCGUUUGGGGGAGAAGAUAUUCUCGGGGGUGCUGAUGGACCUGUCAAAAAGGUUUGGACCCUAUGGAAUCCCCAUCACAGUGUUCCCCAAGAGGGAGUACAAGGACAAGCCAGAAUCUAUGCAGAUCAUGACAGAACCUCCAGCAGAACCGACCCAGCCGGAGAAGGAGAUCCCCCAGAGCCAGGACGACAGCCCCCCCUCCCAGGCCGAGCCUGCCGCCCCUCCUAAGCCGGCAGGGGCCACUCCCGACCCCUCCCCCCACGUCGCCCAUCCCCCAGCCCUGCCUCACCCCUGGACCUCCCGCCCCCCCCCUCUGUUCCAGGAGGGGGCCCCCUACCCCCCUCCUCUCUUCAUCAGGGACACAUACAACCAGUCCCUACCUCAGCCCCCCCCUCGCAAGAUCAGGCGGCCCAAAAGGCGCCUGUACCGCGAGGAGCCCACCUCCAUCAUGAACGCCAUCAAGCUCCGCCCCCGCCAGGUGCUGUGCGAUAAGUGUAAAGGUGUGGUGGGCGGGGACAAGCGGGAGACGGCGCCGAGGAGGGCGCCGGUGUCCGACUCCCGGGGGGAUGAUGCCAAACGGAGACGCAGCGACAGCGCGGCGACACCGGUUAGCAAACGCCCCCGGAAUGACCCCCGUGAGGAGAAAGGUCGCGGGGCAGAAACGAAGCGGCAUGGGGCGGCGUCCUCGAACGUACGAACGUCCAACUCCGCUUCCUCCUCUUCCUCUCUGGGACACGGCAGGGGAGGAGCCUCUGGGAACCGUGUCCUGAGGGGUGUGUCAUCCACACCAUCGUCGUCCACGCUGCCCAAUAGUGGCAGCUCGCGGGCGCAGCUGAACGCCAAGAAGGUUCUGCAGGGUAAGACUGCCAUUGUGGACCACACCAAGGCCCGGGAGGUUCUGAAACUGGCCCGGGUACAGAGGAGGCAGAGGGAAACCGCCCCCACCCCCCUGGCCAGCACCGUCUCCACCAAUGCCCACCCCAAGACCAUGACGCGCUCCGCGGCUCUCCAGGAGGCCCACCAGAACCAGAAGGUCCACUUCACCCGCCGGCUCCAGCAGAUCAGUGGAAUGGGACCUGUCAGCGCCACCCCCCUACCCCCCCGGAUGCGGAUCAAGCCUCAAAGGUAUCGUAACGAGGAGAACCAGGCCUCGUCCCCUCCUAAGGUGCCCUGCCCAGAGAAGGGUCCGGCAGGCCAGGCAGGCAGCCGCCUAAGCCCCCCUAAGCCUGCGUCCGGCCAGGCUAAAGCUGCCACCCCAGGCCCAGGCCUCGCCUCGGCCUUAGCCCCAGGUACAGGCCUGGCUUCAGCUCCAGUCCCAACCAUAGACCCUGCUUCUGCACCUCUGCCAGACCCUUUGCUAGCCUUAGACCCGACCCCAGGCUUCAGUUCAGCCCUAGCCCCUUCCCCAGCUCCUACCCCUGCUCCCUCCCAUGUCCUGGCCACAGAUGUGGCCCGCUGCUCCACUACUAGCUUCCUUUGCUUAUCCAGCUACACGGCUGAGGCCUCUGUUUCUCAGCCCCAGAGCCCCCCUGGUGAGCCAGAGCCCCAGGUUGAGCUCCUCCCGCAGGCCUCUCCUGAGGUUUGCGUCCCUGGGGUGGGGGCCGAGGACCAAGGAGGGCCAGAGGAGAGGCAGGGGGUGCGCGGGAGCAAAGUGUCGACGUCCGGCAACCUGGUCGUCCUCAUGACCCUCGACUCCCGGCCCCCGCUCCCCCUGCCGGACUCGUCCUCCUCCACUUCCAGGUGCAGCGUGGACAGCGCCGACGAGCUCAAGUCCUCCCGCUCCUCCGAGUGUAGCUCCACGGAGACCUUCGAGUUCCCUCCCCCUGGGGACAACUACCCCACCCCACCUCCUCCUCCUGCCCCGGGCCCUUCCUCCUCCUCCGGGCCCGGAGAGGAUGCCGACACCCCCCCUCCUCCCGCCCCGCCUCCCGCCACCCCUCCAAAAGAUGGAGAGGCCAAAAAGAGGCGCAAGUCGUCUAAAGCGGGCGUAUUCUCGAAGAGCGUCUCCAAGUGUGUCUCGGUGGAGGGGCGUACCACCUGCGUGGGCGACAUUGUGUGGGCCAAGAUAUAUGGCUUCCCCUGGUGGCCGGCCCGCGUGGUGGGCAUCAGCAUCAGCCGCAGGGACACAGGGCUCCUGGUCCGCCAGGAGGCGCGCGUCUCCUGGUUCGGCUCCCCCACCACCUCCUUCCUCCCCCUUACCCAGCUGGCUCCCUUCUUGGAGAGCUUCCAGUCGCGCUUCGACAAGAAGAGGAAGGGCCUGUACCGCAAAGCCAUCACCGAGGCGGCCCGCGCCGCCAAGCAACUCACCCCGGAGGUCCGCGCCUUGCUUACGCAGUUUGAGACUGCUGCAACGUUGAAAGGCUGUUGAUGGUGGACGGGCCCUGUGUUUCACACACUGCCAGUGGUGGAGAGACAGGUGUGCGACUUGACUAACAGGACGUCUUUGGCCACCAUGGAGAAGGGGGGGGGGGGGGGGGGGGGGUCGUGUAAUGGACAUAAUUAGUCUUAUUUAAGGAACAGAAGAAUGAAGAGUUCUAUAUUUAUAAGGUAAUGCAGAAUGCCUAAAUGUCAUUAACACAUAUUGUCAGACGGUCAGGCUGAGUUUCAUAUGGUUUCCUGGACACACUGAAACUAAUAGGAACAGUGUAUUCAUUGGUGGAUCUAGGUUGUAACUUAAGUAAAUCAAAUGCGCCUCAGGUACCGAGUGUCUGAUUUGGAGAUGGGGUCUGCUAACUGUCCAUCACGCUGAAUAGCACAGUGUGAUUGGUCUGGUUUAGUGUGAUCUUCUUUCACUUGUCCAUCUCCCCCCCCCCCCCACACACACACACACACACACACCCUCCUCCACGGACCUCAGACCAGACGAGGUGUUAACAAUAGGUCAUGCCUAGGCCCAUCCUACGGUACCUGUCUCCACUCACCUUCCUAGGAGGCUGGAUCUGAUCUGGAGUAGGCUCUUCAGAGAGGUGGUGUGGGGGUGUAUGAGGAGAUAUAAUUCGGUCAUCCUAAUGGUAUCUGCCACAUCUCAACGCGCUCACAUACACAAAGGAUGUAGGACUCAGCAGGGUAUGUUGAUCUAUGAUCUUAAAUAAAUUAAAAACAUAUAUAAACAUAUUAAUGUACAAAAAAAGAUUAUAAAUGCAAUAAAGAUUGCAUGUGCUAUGCUGUUGCAAUGGGCUUCAUUGUAUUCAAGCUGUUUUCAAAACUGCCCCCCCCCCCCCCCCCCCGAGGUCAGAGUUCACCAGACCUGCAUGACCGUCAGUGGGUAGACUGUUGCUGUGGAGACAGUAAUCGUCACACAGAGAAGUCCUCUACAGAGUCACAGGCAGAUAUAGGACAGCACACUAAAGUUGUUCGAUGUCAGUCUCUUUCCAGACACCACCCCUCGAAUUUCCCUUCCUGUCAGUGGUUCACCAAACGAAGCAGACGAAAGUAUGCAGUGCACAUUACAUUCUCACUUUCUGUCUCUCACACUGGCCCCCAACUCAUGUGACUGGCCCCCAACUCAUGUACAUACGUGCGUUUCGGAACAAUCAAUGAAUCUCCUCGCCAUGCAGACCUGGAGACUGAGGUGGCACCGUUUGGUUAUAGACUAUCUGUUCUGUAUAUCUCUUCCAAUCAGUAAAUCAGCUUUUUGCCUUUGUA